AAAAGCAAUGACAUCAUGGUAACAUGGACGACACUCAACAACACUGGCGAGACCAGGGUUCAAUAUGGGGAGGGCAUUAUGGAUAAGGAGGCAGUCGGCUCCCGAAAACUCUUCAUAGACGGAGGGCCGCUUCGAAGGAAGAUGUGGAUACACAGAACUCUACUACCCGAUCUGAAAUAUGACACGAAAUAUGUGUAUCACGUGGGGUCGGUGUUCGGCUGGUCAGAGCAGUUCUCGUUCAAGACUCCUCCGAAGGGAGAGGACUGGGUUGUUCGAGCUGCUAUUUACGGUGACAUGGGAAAUAAGAAUGCUCAUUCGCUUUCAUACCUGCAAGACGAGGCACAACGUGGACAUUUCGAUGUGAUUCUCCACGUGGGGGACUUCGCCUACGACAUGGACACAAAUAACGCCCUAGUGGGGGACGAGUUCAUGAGGCAGAUCCAGCCACUAGCCGCCCUAUUGCCCUACAUGACCUGCCCUGGGAACCACGAGUCCAAGUAUAACUUCAGCAACUACCGCAACCGGUUCUCCAUGCCUGGUCCUUACGAGAGUAUGUUCUAUUCCUUCGACCUCGGCCCCGUACAUUUCGUCUCCAUCUCCACGGAGUUCUACUACUUCCUAGAGUACGGGACCAAGAUGCUCGCCAACCAGUUUAACUGGCUGCGUGAGGAUCUCAAGGAAGCGAACAGACCGGAGAACAGGGCUAAACGACCUUGGAUCAUUCUGUACGGCCACCGGCCCAUGUACUGUAGUAACUCAGACGACAUCGACUGCAGUUUUGAAUACACUAGGAAGGGAUUGCCUUUCAUCGGGCUGUAUGGCCUGGAGCCUCUGCUACAGGAGUUCGCCGUGGACGUGGUGGUGUGGGCGCACGAGCACAGCUACGAGCGCACGUGGCCACUUUAUGACUCCAAGGUCUACAACGGGUCACGUCUCGAGCCCUACCGGAACCCCGGGGCGCCCGUGCACGUCGUGACCGGCUCCGCUGGCUGCCAGGAAGGCCGCGACCACUUCCGACGUAACGGUUUCAAGUGGUCAGCGUUCCGAUCGCAAGACUUCGGUUACACGCGGUUCAAAGCUUAUAACAAGACUCACAUUAAUAUUGAACAAAUAUCAGUGGAUCUCGACGGGCAGGUCAUAGACUCGUUUUGGCUCGUUAAGAAUAGAACAAGUCAUUUUUGACGUAAAUUUAAAAUAACGUAGAAAUGUUUUAGUUUUUAAUUUUUAUCGAAAUAAAGUUAAGUUCGUAGUAA